AUGGAUGGAGAGGUGCCCUGUGCUGAGGUGGAUGGAGAAGCAUACUCUGCCAUGGAGGAUCUGGGAGGAGAGGUGCCCUGUGCUGAGAUGGAUGGAGAAGCAUACUCUGCCAUGGAGGAUCUGGGAGGAGAGGUGCCCUGUGCUGAGAUGGAUGGAGAAGCAUACUCUGCCAUGGAGGAUCUGGGAGGAGAGGUGCCCUGUGCUGAGAUGGAUGGAGAAGCAUACUCUGCCAUGGAGGAUCUGGGAGGAGAGGUGCCCUGUACAGAGAGCAGUGCUGAAGGAGACGUGUCCUGUACCAAGAGCGAUGCAGCAGGAGACAUGCCUUGUACCGAGAGCGAUGCAGCAGGAGACGUGCCCUAUGCUGACACCAACCCCAAAGAAGAGGCACCUCAUGCUGAGAGCAGUGUGGAAGGAGAGAUGCCCGGCACUGAUGGCAGUGGGGAAGGGGAAAUGCCUUGUGCUAAGAGUGAUGCCAAAGGAGAGGCAUCUUGCUAUGAGACCGAUGAGGAAGAAGAACCAGCUACUGAAAUCCCUGCUGCUUCCAAAAGAAUAUAUUCCAUUUCUUCUCCCCUGCGGGCAAUCAUCCGCCUGCGCCGGCGCUACCACGGGCAAAAGAAAAGCCGUCUGCAUUUAGAGCUCCCUCGAGAGAAGCCUUCAGAGCUCGUCCAUACGAGGCUGCUUCAGAGGCAGCUUUCCCUGAACCGAACUGGCCUGUGUGGCCCUUCCAUGUCCCUCUUUAACCAGAGCAGCUUUGAAACUUCCCAGUACUUCACCUUUGACACGUCUGUGGAGCAGUAUGUGAUGAAAAAAUGCAGGCGGAAAAAGAAUCGGAGGAAAUCCAGGAUAGUGCUGUACCCAGAUAAAACAAAGAGAUACCUGCCAACGGAGGAGAAGAGCAAGGCAAAACGCUGCCUCCUUUUGCUCAUUGUCAUUAUCUUCUUCCAGAUUCUCAAUGCCAUAGAGAACCUGGAUGAUAACCUCCAAAAAUAUGACCUGGACGGUUUGGAGAAAACCAUGCACCGGGAAGUGUUUGGGCAGAAGGUUGCUGUGGAAAGCAUUAUGGAAUUACUGAAAGACUACCUGGCUACCCACAUACACAACAAGCCUCUAGUCAUCUCUUUAAAUGGCCCAACAGGAGUUGGGAAGAGUCAUGUUGGCUGGCUGCUGGCCAAACAUUUUCGUUCCAUCAUGGACAAUGACUUUGUGCUUCAGUACUUUGUUAUGCAUCACUGUCCCAGCGGCGUGGCCCCGCUUACCUGUGAAAUAGAUUUGUCUAAGAAGAUCUCUGACAUGGUCACAAGAGCUGAAAUAGAGGAGAAGAUCCCAUUGUUUAUUCUGGAUGAGGUUGAGCUCAUGUCUCCAGUCCUGCUGGAUACUCUCAGCCGCUUCUUUGAGCCCAAUCAAACCAAUGAGUUCCUCAACGCCAUCUACAUUUUAAUAAGCAACUUAGGAGGUGGUGAAAUAACCAAGUUUGUUAUCCAGAAUGCAUCUGCUGAGAUCCUGCAUCAGCAAAGGGGAGCUGAAGAACUGCUGAGCAUUGUCCAGCCUGUACUGAUCGAUGCUCACCCUCUUUGGAAGUCUGCGGAUAUAGUUCCAUUCAUCCUUCUGGAGAAGACUCAUGUCAUAAACUGUUUCCUAGAGGAGAUGAGGAGGGAAGGGCUGUAUCCUGACCAGAAACAUGUUGAAAAUUUAGCAAGUCAGCUCAGUUACUACACUACAGAGGACAAGCAGUACUCCAGGAUGGGCUGCAAGCAGGUUGUGGCCAAAGUCAACCUGCUGUAG